AUGGAAUCAACACAGCAAUCAUCAGGAGCAUCCAACCAAGCAUCGAACACUAACACGAUGCUUAUGCAGAUCCUGAUUCAACAGCAAACGUUGAUGACGAAACUCAACGAUCAGAUUAACAUCAUCGAGUUCGUCUAUGAUCCGGAACAUGGGUGCACCUUCGAUACGUGGUACUCGCGAUAUACCGAUUUAUUCGACAAAGACGCAGGCAAGUUGGACGAGGCAGCAAAAGUCCGGCUCCUUCUAAGGAAACUGAAUCCAUCAGCACAUGAGCGAUACACUAGCUUUAUUCUUCCGAAAGCGCCAAAGGACUUCACGUUCCAGCAAACCAUCGAGAAGUUAAAAACCAUCUUCGGGGCGACGACCUCCAUCUUCCACAGACGCUACCAGUGUCUGCAAACUUCCAAGGACGAUUCUGACGAUUUUGUUUCAUACUCCUGCAAAGUGAACAAAGCGUGUUGGAACUUCAAGCUGGGUGAUUUGACGGAAGAGCAGUUCAAAACGCUCAUCUUUGUGUGUGGACUGAAAUCACCGAAAGAUUCCGACAUUCGCAUGCGUCUGAUCACCAAGCUGAAUGACAUGGCGGACAUAACCUUGGAAAAAGUCGUCGAAGAGUGUCAGAGCAUGGUUAACCUCAAAAAGGACACCAGCCUCGUGGAAAAACUUUCUUCGUCGGUAGCAGUACAUGCGGUUCAUCAGCAGGGCAGCUCGAGGUUCAAACGGAAGCAGCAAAAACCCAAGCACGAGUUCAAACAGCAGACGUUCGGUAGUGGAUUUAGCAACGAGCAGCCUAAAACACCAUGUUGGUCAUGCGGGGGCAUGCAUUUCUCGAAGGAUUGUCAGUUUCGGGAACAUCAGUGCCGUGACUGCAAGAAAAAGGGACAUAAGGAAGGAUACUGCGCCUGCUUCUCUAAAAAAUCAGCCAACGUCAAGAAGAAUGUAGGAGCGUCCAAAAAGGAAGUGAAUAUCGUUUCCGUCAAAAAUAUCAGCCAGGGGAGGAAGUUUGCCGAGGUCCGGAUGAAUCAUGUUCCGACACGACUACAGAUAGACUCAGCGUCGGAUAUUACUAUCAUAUCCGAGCAACUUUGGAAGCAGAUUGGUCAGCCUCCGGGAGUGCAACCCUCCUGCAGAGCUAAAACCGCUUCUGGAGAACCCCUGGACCUUAUAUUGGAGUUCUGGUGUGACGCGGAAAUUGGCGGCAUUUCGAAACGAGGUUUGUGCCGUGUAGUACCCGCUAAUCUGAGUCUGAAUAUUUUAGGUGCAGACUGGAUUGAAUUGUUUGGGCUGUGGGACAUCCCGUUCAGCUCAUUUUGCCGCAAAGUCAGCGGUUCAUCAUCAAAUGGCGUUCAGGCGCUGCAAUCACAGUUUCCCAAGGUGUUCACCAGCAACUUGGGUCUAUGCAUCAAAACAAGAGUUCGGCUCACACUGAAAGGGGACCCAAAACCAAUUUUCCGUCCUAAACGUCCCGUGGCAUACAGUGUGCAGAAUGCUGUGGAAGACGAAAUUCAGCGUCUACAGAACCUGGGCAUCCACGUUCCUGUCGACCAUUCUGACUGGGCAGCACCAAUCGUGGUUGUGCGCAAACCAAAUAGCACCGUCCGCAUUUGUGCUGACUUCUCCACCGGGCUCAACAACGCUUUAGAGCCGAACCAGUAUCCAUUACCACUACCUGAGGACAUUUUCACGAAAAUGGCAGGCUGCAGGUGGUAUAGCCACAUUGAUUUGUCGGACGCAUACCUCCAGCUGGAAGUCGAUCCCAGAGACCAGCAUUUACUCACCAUCAACACGCAUAAGGGAUUGUUUCGCUACACCCGUAUCACCCCGGGCAUCAAGUCAGCGCCGAUCUCAGCGACCCUCAGCUGCAACAAUACUACCAGCGUAAAGACAGUCUUUCAGUGGUUUCCAACUGCGUGUUGUACGGAGAACGUUCAGUUAUUCCAUCCAAAUUUCGGACCCGUGUUCUCCGUCAACUCCACAAAGGACACCCCGGCGUGGAGCGUAUGA